GCUGAGGCUGGUGAUGGUGAACAAAGAAUCAGGAAGAGAGCAAGUGAAAGCCGAAGCACUCCGGAGGCUGGAAAUUGAAAAAGAAGCUCAGGAGCGAGACCGGAUGCGUCUGCAGGCUAUAGAAAACGAGAGAAAACAGCAGGAGGAUUACGAUCUCUCCAGGAGAGAGGCCAUCUUAGCAGAAGAGAAGCGAAUUGAGGAGGAAGACGCUGAAAGGGAGCGCCUCGAAGAGGAAGAGCGAAGACGACAGGAGGAGGCUAGAAUUGAGGCGGAGAGGCUGGAAGCCGAGAGGAUCAAAGCCGAGAAGAAGCAAAAGAAAUACGAGAAGUGGCUGGCCAAGAUGAAGAAGAAAAACCCGGGCUUCGUCGAUCCGAGAAUCAUCAAGGCUCAAAAGGCGGCAGCGAAAGCGGCGGCCAAAGCCGCCAAAGCAAAGAAGAAGAAAUAGAAUCCUCAGGAGGGUGAAAUAUGCCGGUCCACCGAUGUUGCGCCACGUCCUUCUUUGGGCUUCACGUUCCUUUUAACGUUCUGAGACGAUGCUCUCAAGCGCAAAGCUGGCGAUGAAGCGAACAAGAAGGUAAAAAUGGUCCAAAUAAAGAGUCCUCAAUGUU